UUCAAUCGUAGGUUAGCAAUUUUCACUGAUCUCUUUAACUCUGGUGACAAUUGAGGAACGUGAUGCAGUUAAAAAAUUCCAAUUACCCAUCCAAACAGCUUUCGUUGGUGCGAAAAUAUCUUUAAUUGUACCGCUAUGGUUCUGAAAUAGAAACCAAAGGUGCCCUAAGAGAUUUAACUGUAUUUUUUGUUUUAUCAGCAACGUUGGUUUUUCCUUGAAGCUAUAAGUAGGACAUCUCAACUUACAAUUAUAAAGGUCUUAGCCGUUUUGAGUCCUGAAGAGAAGCCCAAAAGAGAGAAAAGAGAAAUUAGCUUGUGAGGCUCCAAGAAAACUAUUUCUCCUUCUGUCUCUCUCUCUCUUGCUUCAAAUUUUGGUCACUAUAUUUGUUAAAAUUUGUUUGAGCUGAGAGGCAAAACCUCAAAAAAAUAUACAUAGUUUAAAAUUAGAAAGAACAGAGGAAAGCGGGGAAGCUCUGUUAGGAAAAUGGUUGCACCUCUAUCAGCUUGGCCUUGGGAGAACUUGGGAAUUUUCAAGUAUCUGCUAUACGGCCCUUUAGCUGCAAAAGUUUUGUAUUCAUGGAUCUAUGAGGAUGCCAUUAAGGAUAUCUGGUGUCUUCAUAUACUCCUUUUAUGUGCUUUGAGAGGACUCGUUCAUCAGCUGUGGAGCUCUUACAAUAACAUGCUUUUCCUUGCUCGCAAUCGCCGUAUUAAGCAGCAAGGAGUUGAUUUCAAGCAGAUUGACAAAGAAUGGGACUGGGACAAUUUCAUUAUUCUUCAAGCUCUGUUGGCUUCCAUGGCCUGCUUGAUCUUCCCAUCCUUGGAUGGCCUUCCUCUCUGGAACCCAAAAGGAUUUUUUACUCUACUGUUACUGCAUUUAACAAUUUCGGAGCCCUUAUUUUAUUCGGCGCAUAGGUUUUUCCAUGAAAGCUACCUUUUCACCCAUUAUCAUUCACUUCACCAUUCAUCCUCCGUACCCCAUCCCUUUACAGCUGGACAUGCAACAUUUUUAGAGCACCUUAUAUUAUGUAUAGUGAUCGGAAUACCGAUGACGGGGUCUGUUCUAAUGGGGUAUGGAUCAACAAGCAUGAUUUAUGGCUAUGUUUUGGCAUUUGAUUUUCUUAGAUGCCUGGGACAUUCCAAUGUUGAAGUUGUUCCCCAUGAAAUUUUCAACAAGUUACCUUUCCUCAGAUAUUUUCUCUAUACCCCCACGUACCAUAGCCUGCACCGCACAGAGAUGGGGACCAAUUUCUGUCUCUUCAUGCCGCUGUUUGACGCAAUAGGGAAAACACUUAACGCCAACUCUUGGCAGCAACACAAGAAAAUAAGUUCAGAUUCAGAGAAAAAAGGGAGGGUACCAGAUUUUGUGUUCCUAGCACAUGUGGUGGACGUAACCUCGGCGAUGCAUGUCCCAUUUGUCUUCAGAUCUUUCGCAUCAAUACCAUUUUCCACAAGGAUAUUUCUAGUUCCUAUGUGGCCUGGAACUUUUAUAGUUAUGCUAAUGAUGUGGGCUAGGUCUAAGACAUUUCUCCUCACUUUCUACAAUCUUAGAGGCCGUCUGCACCAGACAUGGGUCGUUCCUAGAUUCGGCUUUCAGUAUUUCUUACCAUUUGCAACGGAGGGCAUUAACAAGCGCAUAGAGGAGGGCAUUCUAAGGGCCGAUAGGAUGGGGGUCAAGGUCAUUAGCCUUGCUGCAUUGAAUAAGAAUGAGUCUCUGAAUGGAGGAGGAACACUCUUUGUUGACAAACAUCCUGACCUUAAAGUCAGAGUCGUCCAUGGCAACACCUUGACAGCUGCAGUUAUUCUGAAUGAGAUUCCUACGGAUGUGAAAGAAGUGUUUCUAACAGGAGCUACUUCCAAGCUCGGUCGAGCAAUUGCCCUCUACCUCUGUCGAAGGAGAGUGCGCGUUCUUAUGUUGACUUUAUCUGCCGAACGAUUUCAAAAAAUACAAAAGGAAGCCCCUGCGGAUUGCCAAAACUACCUCGUCCAGGUGACCAAGUACCAUGCUGCUCAAAAUUGUAAGACAUGGAUCGUGGGCAAGUGGAUAACACCAAGGGAGCAAAGUUGGGCUCCAUCCGGAACACAUUUUCAUCAAUUUGUGGUACCACCCAUUCUGGCCUUCAGAAGAGACUGCACAUACGGUGAUCUUGCAGCCAUGAGGUUGCCUUAUGAUGUUGAAGGCCUUGGAUGUUGUGAGUACACCAUGGAGAGAGGAGUUGUUCACGCAUGCCAUGCAGGAGGCGUGGUUCACCAUCUAGAAGGCUGGACUCACCACGAAGUUGGGGCAAUUGAUGUCGACAGAAUCGAUCUUGUCUGGGAAGCUGCUCUCAAGCAUGGUUUGAGGCCAGUGUCAAGUGUAAACAUUAAUACCAUGAAGAAAGAAUAAAAAAUUGGAUAUGAAAAUUAAAACAUAUUUGGUUGUAACAGGUCUUUUUGUUUUCUUUCUUCUUUUAUGAGACGGUGUUUGGACCCAAACAAAUAUGUUUGAGUUACAACUAAUGAUCACAUAAAGUACUUUCAUGUAAUAUGUACUAAAUACAAUAUUGAUUUAUGCCAUAAGUACCUUGAUUAAGCAAAGGCAUAGUUAUAAGUUUGAUUCGCA